CAACUCCCAGGAUCUCACUUAAGCUAUGGCAAUAAAAGUGGUGUCAAGCUGCAUUCAUUCUACACUGUACAUUCCCCUUUUCAGUCUGGUCACUGCAGUAGGAAUAUGAUGGGUUAAAUGGGCCUGACUUUCUGGGUCCUAAUGCCCACCAUAUUUGCAGAGACGGGGGAAAGGAAUAAGGUAGGGAGCUUUCUCUCUUUUCGAGUCAGCAGUGGUUUUCCCCAAAAAAUCCAGAAAGCAAAAGCAGCAGAUCUGGAGCCAGCAGAAAUCCCCAAGAUUUGGCAAAGCAGCAAAGGACCAGACUAAACUAUGUAAAAGUGACUUGCUCUGCUCUGUAUUCUACCUUGGGCUUUUAACUGGAAUGCCUUACCUGCAGCAAGCACUGUUCAUGAUAAGGUUUUGGACUGUACUGCUCAUUCUGGUGUGGGAGAUAUAGACCUCUGCUUAGGCCAACUGCAAGGAGAUGAAAUGGUUGCAAUUCAAGAAAAGCGUUAAUGUUAGCUCUUCGUCGUCUGCCUUUGUUAGCACUCUGGAGAGAAGGAUGGAGCAACCGAACCCACCUCGCCUUGAACUGGGGGAAGGGGCUGGAAAGUCGCCUCGGGUCCUUCAAGCUGGGGCGGUCAAUGAGUUUUUGAGGUGGGUCACUCCUCACCAAAGUAGGAUCGAGAGACAGGAGGGCAUACCGGCACAUGGAGAAGCCCAGUGGCAAGAAAUCCUAAGGACGGUACAGACCUCUCACUCAGGAUGGGCAAGUUCGCACCUGCCAGAGUUGCCUCCGUGGGAUGACUUAUCCACGUUUGAGCGAGUGGCUGAUGCCUACCAGUGGCCCCGAGGUGAAACCAUUGCCAAACGUGUGCCAACUCUAGUUGGCAGCAAAGCACAGCAGAGCUUUAACGCUCCAGAAACCAGAGACACGGGAGACUUUGGGAAGGUGAAAGCUACCAUUGUACAGGGGAAUGUUGCAAACAUAGAGGUGCAGCGCCAACACUUCCGCCAGUUCCGCUACCCAAAUGCCAUUGGACCCCGGGAGGUUUGCAGCCGGUUGCGUGAACUCUGCCACUAUUGGUUGGAGCCAGAGAACCGCAGCAAGGAGCAGAUCUUGGAGCUGCUAGUUCUGGAACAAUUCUUGGUGAUUCUGCCAAGGGAAAUCCAAAGCCAAGUGCAGGCACGUGGGCCAGAGACCUGUGCCCAGGCUGUGGCCCUAGCAGAGGACUUCUUGCUUAGGCAGCCAGAACAAGGAGAAAGGGAACAACAGGUAUCGGGAACAGUUCAAGGAAAGGGUGCAAACUGUUCUGAGAUUCCACGGCCAUCAGUCAAUAUCAAGCCAAGGCACACCUACAAGGAAGCCAAGCAGCAAGAUAAUGGGAUUGGCAACUCAUUAGGUGCCAAGUUUUUGGGAAGAGCUGGACAGUACUUCCAGUGUCCGGACUGUGGGAAAAGGUUUAGGGGAGAGGAGGAACUCCGAGCUCAUGGUGGCAUCCACAGGAAGGACAGACCGCACGCCUGCUCUCAGUGUGGGAAAAGAUUUACUCGCCCCUCGGGCCUUGCCAAACACUUGAAAACUCAUUCAGGAGAGAAACCCUAUUGCUGCGGCCAGUGCCCCAAAAGCUUCAUUCAGAUGUCGCAUCUCACUCGACAUCAGAGGAUACACACUGGGGAAAAACCCCAUCCCUGUGCUGAAUGUGGGAAACGUUUCAAUUGCCCGUCUGAUCUGGCCAAACACCAGCACAUCCAUACAGGUGAGAAACCUUUCCGCUGUGCCGAGUGCGGGGCGAGGUUUAACCAGUUCUCGCACCUCACGCGGCACCAGAGGAUUCACACAGGGGAGAAGCCCCAUGCCUGUGCUGAAUGUGGGGAAACCUUUAGUCAGCGGGCACAUCUUAUCAGCCACCACAGAAUCCAUACCGGAGAGAGACCUUACCGCUGCACUUAUUGCCAGAAGUCUUUCAGCCACCUCUCUGCUCUCACCGUGCACAAGAGAAUCCAUAUGGGGCAGAGGCCUUAUGGCUGCCCUGAAUGCGGGAAAAGGUUCAUUGCAUCAUCUGCUUUAACCAGGCAUCAAAGGACCCACUCUGAAGAAAGACCCCAUAACUGCGAUGAGUGUGGACGGAGGUUCAACCAGCUCUCUCACCUUCACCGGCACCGAAGGACUCACUCAGGGGAGAGGCCCCACAAUUGUGCAGUGUGUGGAAAGAGAUUCAAUCAGCUCUCCUCACUUACCAGGCACCAGAAAAUCCACACUGGAGAGAAGCCUUAUCCCUGUGACGAGUGUGAGAAAAGGUUCGUUCGAAUGGCUGACCUUAUCAUCCAUCAGAGAAUCCAAACAGGAGAGAAGCCGUAUCGCUGCACCCAUUGUGGGAGGAGGUUCAGGCAGAGACAAACACUGGUCAAGCAUCAGAGACUUCACCCAAUAACAAACUCGUAAUAUAGGCACACACAUAUGCAUGGAUUAAACUUUCCUGCCAUUUGCAUUUGUAUCCAGAAAAGAAAUAUUCACAGACUUUCAACAUUUUAAAAAGAAGGGCAAGAGAAAGACAUUUAAUCCCAAUAUCCUUAUUUCUCCUAUCAGUUACCCCUUUGGUUCUACUAAGGGAAUAGAUGGUUCCACUAAAUAUUUUCAGAGUUUUUAAACAACGACAAAAAAGGUAUUAAAGUGACAUUGUGGGUUUUUGGGAUCCAAAAUAGUCACACUCAUGCUCAUGGAUGUGGACACACAUUUCUCUUACCUAUUCGUGUUUCUUGUUUUGGCAGGCCAUAAUGUUGGUGGUAGAUGGAUCAAGGAGUGGAAACUGCUAGGAUGAAUAACCUUUUCUCUAGUCUAUACCAGACUCUGCUCCUCCAGGUGUUCUGGAUUUCAGCUAUCUCAAUUCCUAACAGCUGGUAAAAUGCCUGGGAUUUCUGGGAGCUGAAGUCCUGGAGGAGCUGAAACCCUGCUCUAUACCAUUUUAUUAAUCUGAAGGUUCUGGGAUCAAUCAAGCAUAAAAAGUAGAAACUUUAGUAUUGGGAAAAGAUUUAUUUCUUUUUAAAGAACACGAAGAAGCACUGGCAAAUAGAACGGGGGGCAGGGGGUGAUGUGAAAUCCAAACAAUGCAUGAGUUGAGGUAGGGGAAAGGACUGGCAUAUGUUAGGGGAACCGAUAUGGAUCACUUGCUGCAUUUUUAUGCUAAUGAUUCAUUAAAGUAUAAUUUGACUAAUGGA